AAAGUUUAACCGCGGUCUAUUGGUGUUGUGUAUUUUUCGACUUUGUGUGUGACCUGUGGAAGCAAUGAACUUGCCCUGUAUCAUGAAGGAUGGGGAGUACCGUGACUUUGCAUUAUCGCACUGUAAAUGCCCAGAAUCAUCCUGCACCACUUUAUGUCAGCAAGUUCUAUCUAUGCCUAGGCGUUCGUCAAGAUGGCGCGGAAGAGACUUAACGUUCAUUAUGUCCCAAAUGCUCACAAAAAUAAUAUAUAAAAAUAGACAGUGAAGUUCUGAACUACUUGCAUGGAUUGGUUAGGCCGAAGUUAGUGCCAAGGAAUGGGACGUUUGCAUAUUGUCAUGCUCCGCCACUGUUUGGGUAUUAUCUUUGUUGCCGGCGAGUUGGUGUCUCGGCAUUUGCGAAGGCGAUCGAAUAUCCGGCAAAUUUCUGUCAUACUGGAAGAUUGCAUGUUGAUAAAAAGCAGGCUGAUGGAUCCAUUUCGCCCAGACGUCUCUCCGUUCGGUCCCACAAAUGAGCCUCUGCAGAAUUCUUGAUGGAAACUGUACGGAAGGAGAUCUCCUCGGUCAGUGUCUGACUUUGCCGAGAAAUAUCUGACCAAACAGUGUUUUUUGUACUCUAGUCUUAGCUUUUUAAAAAGGACAAAAUUAGUGAGUGUCGAAGCUGCUUAUAAAGAAGCACCAUGUGAUAUUAAAUUAGUGGAAUCCUUUUACUGUACUGAAACACUUUCCAUGCAAAUAUUUCUACAUACCUACAAAUAUAUUAUAUAUUUAUCCUUUUUCAGUAUGAUUACAUUUCUCCUCUUGCCAAAGACCCUACAGCAUGAACUGUGAUGAAUGUAUAGAUUUUAUAUGGAAGGAAGGAAGCUCUCCGUGUCACGUAGCAAUGUUAAAUGUUUACCCAACGCUGCAAAAUGAUGUCAAGUAUCGUCGUUAAGUGUUAUGGACCUACCAUGAGAUGGGCCAGAGUCAAAAGACGAUGGAGCUCCUUGGACUUUCAUACCUGAGUCUCGCUUGGAUCGUCUGGUCUGAAAUGGACUCUCCUCCUCGGCCUUACCGAGACGUGUGUGUAACUUCAUCAGUGUGAUAUGUGACCCUGAAACUAUUGUACAUGUUGUAACAAUUCCUUACAAAGUGUCUUUUUGCCAUAGGUAUGGAUUUACCUUAAUACUGAAUUAGUGAUAAUGAGCCUCGGUUGAAAACUCCUGGAAUCCAUAAAAGCAUAAGACACCGAAGCAGCUCUGAUCAUAUUUUGUACCAAAAGUUGCGGGAGAAAGUCUAAGGAGUCGCUUCGCCACAUUUCACGGACCCCCAUCAUGACGUCGCCGUAGCUUCUUCGGAAAGUGGAAGUAUUGGUGGUUCCCUUUAAAGCCCCGGGUAAGGACUUCGGGGCCUUCCACGCGAGCGGGAGAACAAGAUGACGCCCAAGGGAACCACCGCGGGCUCUGUUAAGGGCUUCUUGGACGUCAAAAUCCCCGCUAGGAAGAGGAAGAGCAUUUCCUUAUUUCGGGUUCAGGUCUGGAAACGCCGCUGCUGGGUCGUAAUCCGGGGAGACAGGUCUCCUGAAGAUGGUGCCGGCAGGACUGGCCAGCUCAGUCUCAGCGUCGAGAUCUACACCAGGCAUGAGGGCUCCAACCACCCGACGGAGGGGACCAUCCUCCACCUGGACCUGGUUCAUCGGAUAAGGAGAGCGAAGUCGAAGUCUCAUCCAUAUGCCUUCGAAGUCUGUGGACGACGGGGAGAGGCCCUCCUUUAUCUGAGUGGCCAGAGCGAGACGGAGACGCAGAGAUGGAUGGCCGAGAUGAGGAACAUCUUGUGGCCUCCCAACCACCUGGACGCCAUCAGCAGAACCUCUGGUGAAUGGAUUUACCCAGGAAGCGCCCUUGCCAUAGGUCAUGGCCCUACGUGGGAGGUGAGUGCCAUCAGCGUGGGAGAAGCCGGAUCCGAUUGGACGAGCCUGGCCGGACUUUACGGCCGGUUAGCGGUGAGGGAAGCGAACCUGCUCAUCAAAGAUGUCCAUAAUGGAACGACGCGGGUAGAGUGGCCCCUGACCUCAGUCCAAAGAGUUUGUGUGGCGACUGGAGGCGAAGUUGAAGACGAAGGGAAGAUCUUCAUCAUCCAGACGAGGCCGUGUCAUCCAUGUGGUGAGGCGUAUUUGUAUUUCUUUUCGCCUGAGCUUAGUGAAUUACUCGAAGGACUACAUGAGGCAGUGUCGGAACUCAUCUCAGCAUCUGCAGCAGACGACAUCUCGUUGAUUAGUGACCUCUCUGAGCUAUCAGGGGCCCUCAGUUCCGUUGUAGUUCUUCCGCAGCGACUGCCAGAUCCACCAAAAAUGAGGAAGUCUACCUCAGUCAUUGAUUUAGCCCAAAUUCAUGAGUUGCAACCCCUGUGCAAUGUGCACACACCAGCCCGCUUGAGCAGCAGCCAGUGUAAUCUUGCUGAAGAAAUUCGAGGGGAGCCUCCUCUGCCAGGACGACUCCUUGGGCAUUCUCGUCGACGCUCCAUGAGUGAAACUAACCUGGCCAAGCUUUGCUUGGAUGAAACUGAUGAGGAACUGGAAUCGAGAGAUGAUGAUCUGGAAGAUGCAGACCUACGUCAAACAGACUUGCCUAAAGAUCGGACAUCAUCAUCGGGAUCCUACAACUCCUAUCGCUCUACUGAUUCUGGAGUGAGACUGUCAGCCUCACCUUCUACUCAUUGUGAAGGAGGUCGAUAUAUGUCCGAGAACACUACUCGUCGUUUUGUAACUAAAUCUGAUUCCUUAGACUCAGGAGUAAGAGCGUGCCUCAAAGAAGGUGAUACUACCAUUGAAGGUGAUGAAGGGAAAAAGGUUGACACAACAACCACAGAAAACAAGCAAGAGCCUGCUGUUCGUAGGGGUAUGAGUGCUCUUGAAGAGGAACCUGAUGUGGAUACUAAAGUUGGUGCCUGGUGCCUUCAGAGUGCAAGGGCAAGAAAGUCGUUUUUCACUAAAAAUUUAAGUGUCAGUUGCUCUCACCCAAAAGAUAGGAAGACUCGUACAUUAAAUAGGACCAUGUCAGAAUCUUACAAGGAAGUUGCAGACAAACAUGAUGAAUAUCGCAGGAAGUCAGAACUUCCCGGUAUGGCAACUGUUGGUAAGACUUGCACUGUAUAUGAAGAAAUUGUUGAUGUUUUGAAACCUUUAAGUGCAGCAAAUCAGCAAUCAAAAGAACAUGAUUACGAGGAACUAGACAAGUGUCGUCGAGACAUAAAGAGAAGCUAUAGCUUCCAAGAGAAAAGCAAGCCUCCCCCUCUCCCUCCAAGGCGACCAAAGUCAUUUUCCCCAGAUCCAUGGGCAGAAGAAGCUUUAAGUAAGUCAGGGGCUUUAAGGAAAAUUUUUGGCCUUUCUUUCCACAGUAAAUCCCACUCAACAGAAAGUAUGCUUGAUGUAGAGAGGACAGGGUUUGAUGACAUUACAAACUUAGGUAGCGAUGACGUAGCAAUGGUCCAAGCUUUAGGUACUCUACCAAGAGUUAAAAAGAAAGCAUUUGGCUAUGAGCGGCAGUCGAGUAGAUCUGCAUCUCCUAAAAUGUCCCCAAAGCAAAAAGCAAGAUCUUUGCUUGGCGUUUCUCCGAGUAGGUCUCCCAUGAUCCCUAGACCAAAGAACCUAUUCCUCUUCAAAGGUUCUGGUAAAGAUGAUCUUCAUACAUCCCCGAACACAAAACCAUCAUUUAGACUGCACCGACAGUUCUCAUUACAGGCACAGAGAACCCCAAGUACUGAUAGCUCACUUGCUGAUAUAUCAACACCAGAAACUCCUCAGCAGCAGCAACAACAACAGCAACAAGGAUGUGGCCACCGUCAGUACUGGAGACCUGGUGUUGCAGCAGCGCAGCAGGAGGGACAAGGGACUGGUGAUGAUGCAAAAGAAUCUUAUCCAUUCCUUAAAUCUCCAAAACUGAUGACAAAAACUUUUAGCUUUUUGAAGAAAUUCCCUAAAGAAAAAUCUAGUUCUCUAGAAAGAAAGCGGAAAUCUGGAAUUAAUUUUGUACCUCCUCAAGAUCUAGCAGCAAAAUUUCCUAACAGUUAUUCUAUGGAUAGCUUUGCGGUUGAAAAAGGAUCGCAAAGUUGUGGUACACCAGUAAGAGACACAGAUAACGACUGGGGAGAUGCAGAUGUGGUUCCUGGAGUUCGUCUUCGCUCUAUGUCUUACCUGCCACCAGCUUCCCCUGCAAUUAGAAUACCAUACCACUCUCACCAUGAUUCUACCUCAACUACCCCAGCAGGUACACCAACUGGGCAUUCGUUUAGUCCUUUAAGAAAAAUGAGCUCUCCUCAGCCUCCUACAGAAUCUCAUUCAUGGCGAGAUGAAGGUGGCUGUUGGAAAGAGUGUGAGGCUAGAUUAAUGCCAUCAGGGUUACCACCGCCCCCUCCACGUGAGCCUCCACCACCACCAGCACCUCAUGAACCCCAUUAUGCCAAUUUGCCACACCAUAGCCAUGAUCCAGAUUAUAUGUCCAUGGAAGAGGUACGAGGAGCCUUCAGACGCAUAUCUACUACAUCUGUUGGAGAGAGCAGGAGAGACAGUGGAGGCUACCUGUCAAUGGGAGAAAUUAGAUCAUUCCAGAGACCCUGUGAAACAACAGAAUGCCCUGGCUGUAAUAGACACACACCCAAUGUUUCCCACCAUGAUUGCCAACCAGAGCAAGACACAAUGGCAGAGGAUCAUGAAUACAUGACAAUGGAUGAUAUUCAGAAUGUCCUGCACACAGAAUUUCCUGGUAUUUGCUCAUCGGCAGAAGAGAAGGAAGUUCACAAACGUUGUGGAUUCAAAAGUGCUCCUGGCAGUCGGAAGACAUCCUAUUGUGAGGGCUCUGACUACCUUACGCCCCAAGAGGUGGGGCGAAUGAUCCGACGGGAAAUCCAGGCAAUACAGAGAGGCAGGGAAGUUCCAGCAGAGCCUCCUCACCACUUCCAUUCUCAUCAAAAUCCUUACGAAUCUCACCACCAGCAUGAGGUUCACCACCACCAACAUGAUUCUCACCACAUUUCGCAGGAGCCAAACCUUCAUCCGCAUGAUCCACAACACCAGCAGUAUCAUCACCAUUAACAGUGAAAACUUUCCUAAACAAAAACCUCUCCUCCUACUGAAGCUAACUUUCAAGUGGCUCAUCCUGCACAAAGAAACCUCUGGAAUAUCAAUUCUUUGGCCUUAGGACUACAAUGCUCAUGGAUAUGCAUUAUAUGCUUCUUAUUUUUACUUGAACAAACAUUACCCUUGAAACUCAUCAAUGCACCACUAUGAAUAAGUAUUUGUGUGCUUUGUAACCCAUGUAUGAAUCUACGGAAAACUGUACAGAGGUAGUAGCAUGAACGAGGUAUUAGAUAGUUGUUGUUUUCUAAAGAAAAACCUGUAAUAUGAGUCUCUGAAGGCAAAGCAUUCUUGUUUGACUUCAUAGAUAUGGUGCCAACAUUCUCUUGUACCAAGACAUGUUAGCUGUGUCCAAAAGCUCAAGUAGAGGUUAUUGUUUAGCACACCGUACCAAAAUGGCAUUUAUUUGGGAAAAAUAAUAUAUACAUAUAUAUGUUGAAAUCAUCUGUUUGGUGUUCCCAAAGGCCCGUGAAAUCAUUUCCUAAAUGAAUAUACAUGUCAUGUAUUCACUGGUACUCUCCUUAGUCACCUACUCUGCAUAAUGCACGUAGGCAUAUGUCAUAAUUUUUCAUAUCUCUUGGUAUGUUUUGGUGGAUUUACAUUUUGAGUAUAGAAUAGCUUUGUAAAUUUACGUGACACAACGACCGUAGGAUUUUAAUAUAUGGCUUUUGAAAUGUUUGUCUUAGCUUUCUCAUCCUUCCCAUAUCAUUUGGACUGGUGCAGUUUUCCAUCGACUCAUACAUCUUUAUGACCUUACUCACCCACAAAACCGCCGCCUCCCUUCCAAAUCCUACAGAACCACAUUCAUUAUGUCUGACAAGGGACCAGAGAUCGAGAGAGCUAUUUAAUCUCCCUUUUUUGUCAGUUUGUUAAAAUGGUUUAUUUAUUUGUUAUCACCGCAGCAAAUACUAUAAUGUUUGAAAAUAAUUUUUAGUGACUGAAUUUAAAAAACACACACUGGUGAUAAGGCUGUUGUUCAUAAUCAACCUUCUAAUAAUAAGACCAAGAUAUUAUUUUUUUGACACAAGCUAACGGUGCUUGAUUUUACAUGGAAUAAUAUAUCGCUUGUGGAAAGAAGAGCAGUGUUUUCUUGUGUAUAAAUUAUAAAUUGAAAUAUAAUUUCAUUAUGGACGUUAUAAUUUCAGUGGUGAAUACAAGGAAAUUAAACGUCUCCGUUUCCUUAAAGGUAUUUCGUAAGUACUUUGUUCAUGGAAUUAAUCACUUUCCUUUAUAAUUCAAUACUCCUCGAUCAACAUACUCAUGUUAAGAUCGAUUAGUUUAUUUCAAAGUGACCAUGUUCAUUUAACUAUUACUAUACUAGAUCAUUUGCACUCUUGCAUCAUUGGUUGUUAGCAAAAGCCUUGAGCAUCCUGUACCUCAAUAUAUCAGUUGAUCUGACAGAAAAAAAAACUAUGUAACAAAGACGAAACGGUUUUCUUUUCAUAUUGUGGUAAUGAAACCAGAAUAUUUUUAGGUCAUUGGGCUUAUGCAGAAAAUAUAUGAGUGGUUGAUGUUCAGAUGUCCCCUUCAUUCAGAUUUCAUGCUGAAACAAGGGCUUUGUUUGUACACAAGCAGAGUCAUUCAGAUCCGCAGACAUCCACUACUUUACGCAUUAGGCAGCUGUUGCAGUAGUAUGUGAGUGAGCACUAAUGAUUAUGAUCAUAAAUAUUUUUAUUGUUAUUGUUCCAUGUCAAAGCUGCCUGCAGUUUGUAAGUGUUGGCAGCUAACGAACCAUUUUCUGUACUACAUGUGCGACCUUAUGCACUCCAAGGACCACCAGCUGUGUUCUUGGAUAGAGCUUGGGUAUACCUCUAGAAAUGGUCAUCAAUUGUGGAGAAUUAGACAUAAGAUCAUUCAACAAAUUUCUGAGGAAAAAUUCUUACUACUUGUGUACUCUUCCAAAUAAUGACACCUUGCACUGUAGAACUGUCCAAAGAAAUUCGUGUAACGCUUAAUCUAAAGUAUUCACCGGAGCAUUUUCAUGAACCUGUCAAGCAUUGUGAACGUUCUUGUGUUUCAAAAUAUUUGUUUUUAACUUGUGCUCAUGUCUUGGAAGAAUAAUUUCAAAGGAAAUUCUUUUUGGAACUGAUUUGCUGAAGAAUGAUUUCUAAGGGACUGCCUUUACUUUCCUGUGACGGGAAGGCCAACUUGAGAGAUUCUUGGAGAACAUUCUAUUUUCAGAAAUGUGUCCUUUGAUAGUUUAGACAUAGUAAAACCGUUUUGUGUUGUAGCAUAUUUUCCAUGGGCAAUUCAGUUAUCCCUGCACAGUCUCCAGUGAAGGUGUAAUUAAGCUGAAACAUUAAAGAACUGUUUCCAGGGGAAAUUUUCCAAAAUAUUUUUGCAAUUUUAUAACACUUGAGACUUUCUGGCCUUUCUUUGAUUUUGCCAAAUGUAUAUCCUGGGUUGACCAUACAAUGCUGAAAGAUUUGGAUGUUGCCAUUGCCCUUCUCCCUCUCCUUGAAAGAUUCUGAUAAGCCUUGCUCACUUUGCAGAGUGCAAUUUUUCGUAAUUAUAUGUUCAACUGUGACACAAUAAUAGAUUUCAUCAUAUUUUGGAAUUAGAAAUUCAUUUUAAAAGUGUUAGUCAUUCUGUCUGUGGUUUUAAAUGUUUAUGUAUGAGGUCUCACCUAAAUGGCCAUUAGGCUAUGAGGGUUUUUUCUACAAUUUUUGCAUCUUAACAAAACCUUAUUUUACUUGUAUCGGUGUAACAAUGGAAGUGAACUAGACUUUUGAAGAGAGCCAUCAGCUCUGGCAAAGAGGAACGUUGAAAAGUGACACAUAAGGAGUUCUCCUUCGUAUGGAUCAUUUGCAGAAUACUGAUCGCCUAGACUGACUGACUGUCAAAGAUACCAGUCAAUAUGCAAAUCAUCAGAAGACUUUGAAGUGUAGCAUUGCAUGAGAGGGCCUGUGACAGUACCUACCUUUGGUAUUCAUUCUUCAUGUCUUGCCUUUAUUGCAACCAAUAAGACUGCCAUAAUUACUAAGGAUAAAGUAACUAGGUAGAUUACUCGCCCAUCUACUUGUUUUGUUUCAUAACGAAGAACCCAGACUGCCGUCAGAAGAGUCCAAAGUGCUAACUUAUUCUGUGUGACAGAAUUAAUGGAAUGGGAUGCGUAAGCGAUCACCAGAAAUGUGUUUGGAUUGACAUUUCAUGGAAAAUCCUGCCAUAUGCAUAUACUUUGACACUGAAUUUUCCCCCACCCUCCUUUUCUAUAUGAAAAUGUUAUAUGAAUAUAUAAAUAUAUAUACAGUAAAUAUAUUAUAUUAAUGUCAAAAAAGCAUUACACUUGGCCUUUGGUAUUCGAUGAAGCACGCUAUGAGUCGGCGAUUGAGUGUCAUAAUGAGUUUCCGAGAAAUGAGGUAAUUUUGUGGCAAAUCGGGAAACCAAAAUGAGGUUUGAUUAUGUUUAUGAUAUUCUUUCAGUGUGCCAAAAGUCUACUUAUUAUAUUAUUCUGUUUUUUUUUUUCUUUAAAGAAUAUUAGAAGGAUAACUGGUUAUGUGUAAGUACAAUGUGUGGCAUAUUCAUUUUAUGAACAAGUAAAUUAUGUCAGUAAAGAUUUAUCAUAUA